AAUCUGAUCAAGGGCACCAUCUCCAGGGAUGUGUGGUGAGAUGGGAGGACACCUGGAAGGCAAGGAGAAACUCCCCAUGGUUGAGGGGAAAAGCCGAGAGUGAGACGACAAAAGAGAUCGCGUUUCUGUGCUUCCAAAUUCUCAGAUGUUUUGGAUUUGCCUGGGAGCCAUGAGAGGAAUUAGAAAGGGCAUUUAAACCAGAAAGCAGUGCAUUUCCAUGCUCAUCUCUUCUUCCUGGUGCAGUGUUGGAAUUUUCCUAUACUCUUUUAUGUCCUCCCCCUUCUUCCAAGAAAUUCAAAUUGGAUGUUUGAAGUUGCAGUGUUUCCUGAACAUGGAUAGAGAACUGCGUCCAGAAGAAAUUGAAGAAUUAAGAGAAGCCUUUAAGGAGUUUGAUAAAGACAAGGAUGGGUUUAUUAACUGCAGGGACCUGGGGAACUGCAUGCGAACCAUGGGCUACAUGCCUACUGAGAUGGAGCUAAUAGAGCUCUCCCAGCAGAUCAACAUGAACCUGGGUGGCCAUGUGGAUUUUGAAGAUUUUGUUGAGCUGAUGGGACCAAAGCUGCUAGCAGAAACUGCAGACAUGAUUGGUGUAAAAGAGCUCCGUGAUGCCUUCAGAGAGUUUGACACCAAUGGUGAUGGGGAGAUCAGCACCAGUGAGCUGCGAGAAGCCAUGAAGAAGCUUCUAGGGCAGCAGGUGGGACAUCGGGAUAUUGAAGAGAUCAUCCGGGACGUGGAUCUGAAUGGAGAUGGGCGUGUUGAUUUUGAAGAGUUUGUUCGCAUGAUGUCCCGUUGAAGAUAAUUCUCAGCUAAAGAAGAAUCAGCACCUUAGAGAGGGCAGAAGAGGACCUAGAUGGAGCAUCUAGCCCCGGUGUUCCCACAUGAAGGUUUAUCGGCUGGCUGCAAUUGGGACAUUGCAAGAUGACCUGCUGCUCCUCCCUCAUGGUGGUCCCCAUGCCCCUCCACCCUUUCACACUGUGAAAGACUUGCAACUUCCUACAACUGGAACCAUUCCUUGGAGAUGAUUGCAGGAUAACUGCAGAGCCAGGACUUGCCAUGAUGCUUUCAUGGGAUAUUUGCAACUUUAAACUCCUCCUCCCCAGCUUUAUUCUCCCACCAGCUGCUGCAAAGCAAGAGCAGGAGAAAUCCUCUUGGCUUGGUGGAUGAGAGCAAAGCCAUUGGGACUGGUGGCAGCCUCAGGGCGUGCUCUGCACUUCUUGAUUUCCCUUGGUGAACCGUGUCUGUGUUUGCUGUCUGUGUGUGCGUCUAUCUGUGUGGAGUUAUUUAUGCUUCCCCAGCACAUAUUCACAUCUCCUGUGGUUAUGUUUACCAAGAGUAAAUUCAAAUACAUGUCUUGC